AGAAGAAGCAGAAGAAGAAAAGAAGGCGCAGAAUGCUUGCUAAUGUCUAGCCUAAUGGGUUUGAUGACUUUUGUCCAAAUUCCCUAUGUAGCAUAUAUUGUGACUUAGUUUGUGACAAAUGUGGAGGACACAACUCCGUUCGUGUGUUAGCUACACUCGGUCUUCAGCUAUGUAAAUGCGAAACAUGAAAACAAACAGCUAUAGCUAGCAAUCGAUCUGACACCUCUCUUGUUUGUGCUAGAAAAGGCUACGCUGAUCUGUGACUGUCUGCAUUUGGAAUCAUUGAGGAGCAGAAGUAAGAUGAAUUCUGUUUUUGGCAACAGAACAGACCCAAAAUUUCUCUAGCAGCGUUCUUCGAGUCACUUAAGAGACCGCAGAGCACACAAGCCUGCAAACAAAACUUUACCGUAUUGAGUUGAUAUAGCGGUUAGCGUUGGAGAGAGUAUUGGAAACCGUUAUCAGCGAAGAUAUUACAAGUGGAAGACGAGAUUAACUUCACGGUGUUUAUUAACUGCAGGUUUCAUCUAUGGCUUCCUCAGAGGUUAGUAUGCAGGACAUGGGGGAGGUGGUAGUGGUAACUUUACCAGAGGCCGUGAAUGAGGAGCUGCCCUCUGUGGUGGAGGAGGACAAAGCGGUGCUGGUGACUGCAGAGCUCACUCCUCAGCCCAGGGAAGACGUCCUCACGGUGACCUCUGUGAAUGCUGAUGCAGAGACCAGCACAACAGACUCUCUGUCCAAGGAGGAGGCAGUCAUCGUGAAGUUAACAGAGGAGGUGGAUGUAGAGGCCGACAUCUAUUAUCCUAUCACCUGUGGAGAUGCCAAAGCCACGCUGGUCUGGAAGAAGUUUGUCUGUCCAGGAAUCAAUGUGAAAUGUGUUCAGUUCAAUGAGCAGGUCAUCAGCCCAAAGGAGUUUGUUUGUUUAGCUGGGAAAUCCACUCUGAAGGACUGGAAAAGAGCCAUCCGCCUGAACGGUACCAUGCUCAGGAAGAUCAUGGAUUCAGGUGAGCUAGACUUCUACCAGCAUUCCAAAGUGUGCUCCAACACCUGCCGGAGCACUAAGAUCGACCUGGUGGGAACCAAAGUGUCCAUCAGCACAGUGGACCAGUCAGCUGACCUUGUCCCUACCACGCCCACAUCAGCUCAUUUGAAUGGAGCAGGAGCCUCGUUUCCUGAUGUGACGGAGGAGAUAUCAGAGUGGGUCACAGCCAUCGGAGAGGACUCAGUGACAUUCUGGCGGGGGGUGAAGGAGGCUGGGCUGCUGGAUGAGGUAGUGGAGGCUUUUCAGAAGGAUCUGCAGGAUGUGCUGAGGGGGCUACAGGAGAGAGCGUGCGACCCACCACUACAAGUCAAAGAUGCUGUUUUGCUGAAUAACAUUGUGCAGAACUUUGGAAUGUUGGACCUAGUCAAGAAAGUUCUGGCCAGUCAUAAGAGUCAGAUGGACCGGUACAGAGAGCAGUACACCCGCAGCCUAGCAGCUCUGGAGCAGCAAUGUGAUGAGCACCGGAAACGAGCCAAGGAACUGAAGAGCAAAUCCCAGCACCUCAACAACGUCUUGAUGACUCUCACCCCAGUCCCCGCAUGCCCUGCCCCUAAGCGGCCCCGGCUGACCCGUGCCAUCUCCGGGCCAGCGUCGGUCAACACUGCUCCCACCCAGAUCACGCUGCCUCUCAACCAGCUGAGUGGACUGCCACUUGGCAAGGUGCUGACAGUGGCAGGGGCCCCAUCUGGCACCAACUUGGGCGGCUACACCCUCCUGACCUCCCCUCUAGGAGGCUCAGAGCUGGCGGCCGAUUCCUCCAACCUCACUGUACUGUCAGCAAUGGUGGGUCAGGAGGGUGCAGGUGGUGGCUCCACAGCCUCUGCAGCCUUCGUUAAAGUGGUUGGGCCUCAGAUCCAACUGGUGACGCUGCCAGCCACUCUGCAGGGCCUGGCUGCUGGGCAGGGCACCAUCACACAGACUGUCAGCGGCAUCAGCGUGGUGGACACCAUGGCAACGGCUGACGAUUCACAAGAGGAAGGCCAGGCUGAGGUGGAAGGGGAGGGUCAGCCAGAGCAGGUCAAAGAGGCAGAUGAGGAGCAGCCACUGGACCAGCACUGACACUCAGGAUAGCUGUCCCCUCUGCUCUUCCCACAUCUAAGAGUGUUUCAUAAAGUUCACGUUCUUUUAAACUAAUUUUUGUCAUUCAACAGAAUACAAUGGCGUCUCAGUAGAUUCCCAAGUUUGAAUUAGAGGGCCAUCUGGUGUCAGAAGUGUGUAUUUCACCAGAGACUUUACACCUACUGUGAGUUUUGAGUCUGAUACAUGUUAGUAACUAAUAUAUUUGAUUCUACUAGAACAUAAAAGAACUGUACAGAUUGGUAAUAAAUGCCCAUUUUCAGUAUCUCUUUGUGCAUUAUUCCAUGUUGUACAAAUGUGUCAAAAGUCCAUACCUAAAAUCAGACUGUAUUAAAAGAGGAAGUGCUGAGUCAA